AUGUCGCCUGACAAUGCACUAGGCAGCUUCAGCAGCAUCGACCAGAUGCUGGGCAGUGUGAGCGACGGGGAGAAUGAAACGAUAGGCGAGCGGCUGGCCGCCAAGUACGCCGCCCAGCAGCGGAACAAGAUGGCGGUCAAUGAGGUCCAGAAGCGUAUCGACAGGCGGAAGGCCUACAUGGAGAUCGACGAGCAGCGCGACGACACGGGAUUGCUUCUUGGCCUGGCCGCCGCUUUCCUGCUGCCGGCUUUAAUCAUCUUGGUGGUUGCCUACUUCACGGGCUACCUAGACCGCCUCUACCUUACAGCUCUGACCCUGAGAUGA